CACCCCCACCGCACCCCUGGCCCUCCUCCGCCACCCGUCGCCGGCAUCUCGCUCGCCCGGAGCUAGCGCGCCGCGGCGGCCGGAGGGAGAAAGUACGUACGUGCGAUCUCUCUAGCUAGCUUGAAUUAGCUAGACGGUAUAAUAAUAAUUAAUAAUGGGGAAGCGCAACGUGCCCCGCUACCCCGACGACGACGGCGGCGGCGGCGGCGGGUGCUGCGGCGUGGUCGGGUGGUGCUGCUGCAUCCUGGUGCUGAUCAUCGCGGCGAUCGCCGGCGCGGCGGCGUACGCGUUCUUCAUCUACAAGCCGAAGGCGCCGUCCUACUCGGUGAGCAACAUGUCGGUGUCGCAGUUCGACUUCAACUCCAACGACCUGACGCUCUACGCGAAGCUGGUGGCCACCGUCCGCGCCGAGAACCCCAACGAGAUGAUCGGCAUCAACUACGGCGAAGGCUCCCACACCGUCGUCUCCUACCGCGGCACGCCGCUGUGCUCCGGCCACCUCCCGACCUUCUUCCAGGGCUACAAGAACGUCACCGUCAUGGAGAUCUCCAUGGAGGGCCGCCAUGGCUUCGGCUCGGGGCUCCAGAGCGCGCUCGAGGAGAGCGAGAAGGAGGGCAACGUGCCGCUCGACGUGUUCGUCAGCGUGCCGGUGUCGCUGCGCCUCGGCACCCUCGACAUCCGCGAGGUCAAGGUGAACGUCCACUGCGCCCUCGUCGUCGACAGCAUCUCGCCCAAGAAGAAGCCCACCAUCAAGUCCGCCACCUACCAGGCCAACGUAGAGUUUUGAUCCAUCAUAUGUCUCAUCUCUAUAUCUGAUCCUGCCUUACCACAAUAUUAAUUAAUUAGUAACCGAUUAAUUACUCCUAAUUGAUCAACUGAUUAUAUAAUGUUCUUCGUUAAAUUUCUUGUUCAGUGGAGUUGGGGAGGAGGAAGGAAUGCCCACGCACAAAUUAAGUUCAUAAAUGUUUCUGUUUGUAAAGUUACUCUAGUGAAAAUUGGUUCUAAAUUAAUUUCCUUUAAUUGUUUCAAGUUAUGUGCUGGUACAUCCUCUGCUCACAAGGUGGCUGCUUUGGU